CAAAAAUUAUAGCAUGGAGUGACAGCUACGAAGCAUUUUCACUGAUGAGAAAGCAUAGGUGGAAACCAGAAAACUACUAAAUUUAUCGCAAGACGAACCCAAAUCUGUUGAUUUGAUGGCGCAUAAAUGGCUGGUCGAUUCAGUGCCACAGACGUCCCGCUCCGCAUUAUAAACUCCAUCGCUCUCGAAACUAGAAUCGCACCAGAAACGCACCUAUCUCGCAUGAUUUGCUCUCCGAUGCAGACAUGUGCCCACUGAUCUGGUCACAACAGUGGCAGAUGUCGAUGUUAAGCUGCAAAUUAUAGACACAACACGACCUUUGCAAUGAUCAAAGCUCGGAAAAAGCUUGUACAAAUUGUGAGGCACAAGCAUAACGAGAAGGCAUUAGUACUAUCCCAACGCAAAGUCUUGCAUCCUUGAGCGAGUAUGGUGCGCUUGUUGCCUGUCGUGGCGGCCGUGGUCCUCUCCCUCGUUACGACUGCGUUCUACUCAUUUGUAGCCAACAAUUCCCCCAUUCGCCCUGUUGCUGUUUAACUCCCUGUCCAUCCCAAAGCCGAAGGUGUUUACGUCCACAACAAGUUACUUCACGGUCUCGCGAAGCUUGGAGAUGGGCAGCUGCUGCAACCGGAGGACAUGGUGGCUGAUCCCACUGAGAUGUUCCUGUAUACGACCAACAGCGAUGGAUGGAUAAAAAAGUAUUACCUCUCAAAUGGCAGUGUGGAGAAUUGGGUGAACGUUGGAGGGAGACCACUGGCCAUCGCACUUGGGAAUGAGGGUGAAGUCUUGGUGUGCGAGCCUGUGCAAGGCCAGUUGAUCGGGGUUAGAAUUCGAAUUCGUCGACGAAAUUCAAGGCCAGUCAUCGAUACAGUAAAUUUCGCAGUCUGGAUUGUUUUUAGGAGUUGCCACAUAUUGGUUGACUGCAUGAUUUGUUUUUGGAACUUUGAGUGUGCAGGUCGACAAAUUAGGCACAAAGGAGAUUCUAGCGACUGAAGCGGGAGGGAUCGAGUUCGGCCUAAUUGAUGCAGUGACAGUGUCGAGCAAUGGCCUCAUUUACUUCACUGAUGCAUCAACGAAGCACCCACUCGGCACCUGGCAUUUCGACAUGCUCGAGGGGCAGGUAUCGGGGCGCAUUGCGGUCUACAAUCCUGAGGACAAGUCCACUAGAGUGCUACUAGACGAGUUGUACUUCCCGAACGGCAUCGCUCUUUCGAAAUCAGAGGAUCAUUUCAUCAACUGCGAAACAACCGUCGCGAGGUGUAUGAAAUUUUUUCUUAGGGGAGAGAAGGAGGGGACCAUCAAAACGUUUAUCGAAAAUCUGCCUGGCCAUCCGGACAACAUCCACCGCAACUUGAAAAACGGCAGGUUCUACAUUGGUAUUCCGGGCAACAGGAAUGGGCUGACAGAUUUUGUAGCCAGGACGCCUGUUGCAAAGCAAAUCUUGGCUUUCUCCCCGGUUCUGUACAAACUUCUUGAUAUGAGGAAAAUGGGGAGAGUCUUUGAAGUUGAUCCUUCCGGCAAGCCAUUGCAAGUGUACGAAGAUCCUACUGGGGAGGUUAUUGGCUUCGUAACAACUGUGGUAGAGGUUGAUUGGUACCUAUAUGUUGGUGGCUUCCGGGACAGCUUUGCUGGUCGUAUCAAGGUGCAUUGAGACCUCGAAUUCAAGUUGGACGCAGCACUAUCAGUGACUCUUAACUCUGCGAAAUUGUACAAAAUUCCUUCCAUUGAAUCCAUGCACUCAAGGACGUCAAUUGCAAAUGCCUCACAUCAAUAAUCUCCGAAGCAGACAACCAAGGAGCCGUAGAUAGAUAGUCACAACAGGGCAGUUGACCGCUUUGACCCAAAAAAUCGCUGAUGUAUGACACUUUCCUGGAUAUAUGAUCAAUUAGUGAAAAAUCUUUAGUUAUGUAAA